CUAAACUCGAAGCGACAGGUUGUCAACGCUCAUAUGUGACUGUUGUGAGGUUGUCAGGCGACAUUGUGAACACGUUUCAUUCUAAAACAAUAUUUACGAGUGAUAUAUGUUAGUGUUUGUCGUUGCGUCUCAAACCGACGUCUGUUUUAAAUUAUAACACGAGCUAAACAGUCGUCCGUCAACAUUAACUAAUACGUAACCGGUCGUUUUUCUCCGUCUGACCUCCGGUGUUAACGGCUUCCGGUUCGCCGCGAGUUCUGCUGGCGCGCUGAGUGUUGCAGCUCUGCACAAAGUCCAUAAUUGGCUGAGGGAGCUGAGGGAGGUGCAGGGGCUGCUGGGUAAUCCGGCGUCUUGCUGAGGCCGUGCAGACGUGGAGGAAGUGAAACGCCAGCGUUCACCUGCAGCUGGAGAGCUGGGGCUGGACUCACCUCUCCAGCUGCUCCUCAACUCCCUGGGACUCUGAGAAGGAGCAUCCCUCCUCCUCCUCCUCCUCCUCCUCCUCCAUCCAGACGAUGUCCAGACGCAGCCUCCGCCUGGACGAUGGCCUCCUGGACCGGAGUCUGCCGACCACCAGCGCCUCCUUCAGCGUAGGAGGAGGCAGCUGGAGGACCAGCAGGUCCCUGAUGUCUCGCCGGUCUCAGCAUCACUCCGUCUCCUGCUCAGAGUCUCUCCUCCAGACGCCUCGUAAAGCAGCCGUCCAGUCCGGUGACGACGGCAGCGUCCACAGCGACGCCUCCCUCAUCUCCUCCCUCCUGGACCAGUCCUCCAUCCAGGAGACAACGCUGGUGGACACCUUGUGGGGUUUGGACCAAGACCUCGACCCCAAAGAAAGCACCGUCAUCGAGGAGCAGAGUCGGACUCUGGUCGGUCCAGAAAUCCACUGCAACAAACACUCGGUCCGUCCACGCAGAGUUUACUGCAAAGACUGUGAACUGCACACGGACCAGAAGGAGCCCAUCACCUCCUCCUCCUCCAAAUACGCCUCCUCCUCCACCUCCUUGUCUCUGUCCAAGGACCCAGAGACGUCCAUUUACUCCAGAGACCGGAGCCGCAAAGGUCGGACAGAUGUUCUGCAGCGGUGGCUGGACUCCUGCGCUCGGAGGCUGAGGAGAGCUGCAGCCUCCUCGGCCUCCGCUCUGGGUCACGCCUGGCAGGUGUGUCAGGGGUCAAAGGUCAACGUGGAGGCCGACGGGCGCCACGGAGUUCGGUCCGGUCGCUGUGGAGUCAUGAGUCUGAAGGAGGCGCCGACCAACGGAUCCCUGUCUCAGAAAACAGCUGAGACCUUCAUGCAGCUCUGGAGACGAUGGCGUCACACAACCAGCGACGUCCACCUGCAUCGGUUUCCUCUCAGACUCCUCCUGGUUCUCCUCCCUCUGCUGCUCCUCCUCUUCAGCCUCCUCUGGUUCGGUCCAGCUGGUUUAUUAUCCGUCCUUCCAGGUGCCGGCGUCACCGAGCGGAGGACGAGCGUCUCCGACGUCCCGGGUCUGUCCUCCGUCCACAGCCAGUCAACCAAGGAGGAGACAAAGGAGGUGCAGCGGCACGAGGAGUCGCUCCACAGUCGAUCUCCUCCUGAAACCAGCACAGGAGACGAGGUCGACGAGGUUGACGAGGUUGACGAGGUCAACGAGGUUAACGAGGUCGACGAGGUUAACGAGGACAGCUCUGAGCGUCUCCUUCGUCUGGAGCAGAGUCUGAGGACGUUGUGGGAGCUCGUUGAGGACGGAGGACGCCGGGCGGAGCUGAGACACCAGGAGGUGAUGCAGCUCUACACCGGCCUCCAGCAGCGUCGGUUGUCCUCCGGUCAGAGAGGGGACGAGGACGGGGACGGCUGGCUGAACGUCCUCCUGGACCAGCAGCUGUCCCAGCUUAGAGGACAACUGGACGAGGAGAGACGGCACAGGGACCAAGUCCGACAGGAGGACUUGUUGCAGCAGCAGAGUCAAACGUCUCGUCUGGACCAGAUCGAGCUGCAGCUGCAGAAGCUCUCGUCUAAAACUCAGGAGAUGAGCUCCGGUUCCACUUCAACACUUCCAGCUGCCGUCAGCGCUGGCGUGGACAGGCCGUCCCAUGAUGCUUUGCUGGCGGAGGUGGCUCGGUUGGAGGCGGCUCUGGAGGACGUCAGGGAGGACGUCCGGGGUUUGUCUCAGUGUCGGGACGACUGUCAACAACUCGCCAGGAUCCAGCAGAUGGUUUCAGGAGAAGUUUCCUCUCGGGUCCGGGAGGAGGUUCGGUCUCUGGUCUACGGGAACCAGCUUGCGGCGGGCGGAGGAGACGGCGUCCCCGUCCCGGAGUCUGUCCUUCAGUGGCUGUCCGAGCGCUACGUCAGCGAGGACGGCCUGAAGGUGGCGCUGGCCUCUCUGGAGCUCCGCAUCCUGCAGAACAUCAGCCUGCAGCUGGAGCAGAGACGCAACCAGGAGACGGUCGGCGAGGACGUCCUGCUCCCCACCGAGGACACGGAGGACACGGAGGACACCAAGCACGCUGUGACCCGGGAGGACGUCCAUGUGAUGGUGUCCAACGCUCUGCGGCUGUUCUCUGAGGACCGGACCGGCCUGGCCGACUACGCUCUGGAGUCUGGAGGGGGCAGCAUCCUGAGCACCCGCUGCUCAGAAACGUACGAGACGAAGGCCGCCUUGCUCAGCCUGUUUGGACUUCCUCUCUGGUAUUUCUCUCAGUCGCCCCGAGUGGUCAUCCAGCCUGACGUCCACCCAGGAAACUGCUGGGCCUUCAGAGGCGCCACAGGUUUCCUGGUGAUCCGGCUCUCGAUGAGGAUCCUGCCCAGCGCCUUCACCCUGGAGCACAUCUCCAAAGCCCUGGCACCGAGCGGGACGCUCCGCAGCGCCCCCCGGGACUUCAGCGUCUACGGUCUGAAGGAUGAGAACCAGGAUAAAGGGAAACUUCUCGGCACUUACACCUACGAUGAGGAUGGAGAUGCUCUGCAGACGUACGCCGUCACUGAGCAGAACGAUGAGUCCUUCCAGAUCAUUGAGGUCCAGGUUCUGUCUAACUGGGGUCACCAGGAAUACACCUGCAUCUACCGCUUCAGAGUCCACGGGACGCCGAGUCCUGACUGACGACGUCCUCCCGUCCAAACACCGCUUCCUUUUAUUUUACGUUGACUGUGCCUGUCGGCGUGAACCGACGUUUCCUCCGUCACAUCUGAUCUGCGCUCGUUUUCCUGUGGAAAAGACGCAGACGACCGUUCUCAGUGUGUUUCUGUCACUAGUUGAUAUUUUUAUAAAUCGGUGUCUUUUCUUUUAAUGGAUCCUCUGUUUUAUUCACCUGUGAGCAGAAACGUUCUCACCAACUCCUCCGUCUGUGCUGUUGAUAAAAUAAAUCCAUUUCUAUUUAAAGAGGAUAUUGGUCUAGUAUAAAAUCUAUGGAUCAGAUUAACGUUUCAUCUUUGUGUUUUUGUGUCUUCAUCAUGAAUCAGAAAACGCCAGAAACACAACGAAGGAAAUUAAUUCUGAUGAGACUGUAGCUCAGUAAAACUGUGGGUUUUAUUUCAAGCUAAAACCAGAAAGCUUUAAAAAAAAAAAAAGUGUUCUUUUAAAGCUGAACGCACCACGUUUGAGUUUGUGUUGAGAAAAUUCAGAACAGGAAAUCUGAACCAAAUAACUGCUCAUGUGAAAAGUUUUGCACCGAUUCACUGGAAUUAAUUUAAAUCAACUGCUGUAAAGUUUAUUUAUUUCAGUUAAUAGAUUUAUUUUUAUGAAGGAUUGUUUUUGUGAUUAUUCUGUUUUUGUAUGUUUGUUUUAUUCUGUUGUUUCAAGCUGCUGUAUCAUAAUAAAGAUGUGACGUUUGAUUUUUAAA